AUGAAGCCGUCUUCCCUAGUUGCGGUGGCAUGUGCGCAAGGUGUUGCCUUUGCAUUUCCCCUUCACACUGCAAGUGCCGGCGACGAACUACUGUGCAGGGAUGAGUGGGAGUUCGUGCGGAAAAGUGCUACCAGCAAAUUCAGAAGCUGGAAGCAAUCGAUCACUUCGAGCGAAACUCUGCGAGAAUGGGCAAGUCAACAGGUUGAGACAACUAGAGUCUCCGAUUGCCGGCCAGGUCAACUGGUGCUUCGCUUGCUUUCUGUUGCCCAUCAUCAAGUCUGCGAUGUGACAGCAGGAUUUCUGUCACAUCACUGGUGGUCGGAGAUGCUGAUGACGAAGUGGAGUAGCUUGCUUUUCUGGGCAGCUUUCGACUUGCUCCAGGCAGCAAAGGAAGUGCCAAGUCGUGUCGGUCGAUGUGCAUGUCGAAGAAUCGGCAGGAUGCUUGGUCACGCGAGUCGGCAUGUUGAAAGACGGCAACGCCUCGUUCGCGUCAAGGCCCGCACACGGCAGUUGAUAUCCGACGCCCCGAAGAAUCCGGCUAAGGCUUUGCAGUCUUUUGUCAGGGAGAUUGACAAGGAGCAGCGAGCAUGGAUGCACUCAGAUGAAUCCGGAAGGUCCUGCAGGAGGAGCUUGCGGGAUCUUCUUCUCAGCCUGCGAAUGAGUGCCAAACUCCUUUUCGUGAGCGGAAUGCAGCAGCCAUCCUGGCGGCAUGGCUGGUGGAUGCCACGAGCCGUGGAUUCGACGGCCGGCUGGAGUCAGGCCUGGGUGGUCUUCAGCUGUGCAGAUGAACCGCUCGUCAACAUGCUCUCUUGCGAUCCCUUGAUCGAAGAGGCCUCGCGAUCUCCGUUCCUGAGCAGGCAGCGAGUCUUUGUAGCGACAAGGCAUCCCGGAGAAAUGCAGCGACUCCAAAAGUUGCCAUUUGUUGAGGUCAUGUCGGCAAAGCAAGCUGCAGAGUUUGCCAAUGCAGCCCACUGGUCUCUCGCCUAUUACGAGGACAUGAUGAUGCGGGCCAUGCGGCUGCGUGACGACGGCCCAAGUCUGGUCGUUUUCGUGGACGUGCAGUUCAGCGAGGACGCUUUGGCGCAGCUGUGGGACCUUGAUCGAUGGUUGCUGCAUCGUGAAACUACUCCAGGUAGCCGAUCUUCUUGGGACAUCGCUUGGGUAACGGAAGAUGGCUUUUCGCCAGGUGCAGCGCUGCUCCCAUGCGAAACAAGCAAGUCCCGAGGAGCAGACGUAAAAUGGCUGGUGCCCAAGGCUGGCAUCUUGCUCAUGAAGCCGUCUAUGUCAGCUUUGCAGAUCUUGCACGAACUGAAGUCCCAAGAAGCGCACACUUCCAAAGUACCAGGUUCCACCGUCAGUUCGGCCUGGGGCUCUUUUCUCAUUCGAGAAUGGCGGGCAAGAGAUUGGUACCAGACUGCGUAUGCUUACCUGGAUGCAGCAAAACCGGCACCGCAGUGGCGAGACAUCGAACUGCCACAAGGUGCCGUACGAAGCAUCGGAGCCUCGCAGCUGCGGAUGCUGGCAAGCCCGGGAAGAGCUGCCGGUCUUCAGCUGCGCUGGGCGCUGCACCAGUGCGAACACUUCUCGGAAGGGAGUGGCUAUUGUCAUGUGGGCCCUCUGAAGCCAAGGGGCUUUGGGUUUCUGGUGGAGCCCUGCGGAUUUCCAAGCUUCUUCAGCCCCGGCAGGCACGGAGGAAGCGCCGAUGCUGCUGAUGUUCAGGCAGAUCGGUUGGAAAUCCAGUUGAAAGCAUCUCAGGAGGUGUUCUUGUGCCCACGCCGGGUGCCCGUGGCAAUCCUGGCCGUGCCUCGGGCUGGCUCCACCUCCGUCGCCAACUGGGCGGGCCUUCUGGAUGGUGUCGACAGUUGGCUCUCGGCUGCAGGCCAUUCUCUUCAGAACGCGCAGACUUUGUGGAAACCAGAGGACAAGGACUUCUCGGUGUGGGGGGUCCAGCACUUCUGCCUGCGGUGCUGCAGGGCAGGGGUUCAGAGGCUACACUUGGUGGUCAUGCGGUCGCCUUUCGAUCGUUUGAAGUCUCAUUUCCACCGGAGCCAGGUCAGUCGGGGCGGCAAAUGGUCCGACUUUCCAGGUUGGUGGCGCUGGGCCUCCACAAUGUUGAAACGUGGAAUCGCUCCCUCUUGC